AUCUCCAUCUGCAUCAACACAUCCGCAUUUUCUCUCUGCCAUCGCUCUCACAAUCUCCUCUCUCGCAUCUCCCUGUCGCCAGCCAGCCAGCCUGCCAGCCAGCCAGCUCGCCUCUCGUCUCGUCUCUCGUCCCCUCCUCUUCCUCCCAAUCCUCCUCGCACCACGACCCAAUCUCUGUCCUGCUGCCUGCUGAGAGUGUGCUGCACACACAGCAGGAUUGUAUUACGAGGACCGAGAGAUUGUGUUUGCGAGACACAGAGACGCAGAGAUCAGAGAGGAGGACGGAAGAGACAGAGGAGUUUAAGACGGACAGACAGAGGUUUGAGAAGCGAGGAGCUGCUGGCCUGCUGCUGCUGCUGCUGCUGCUGCGCUCUGGUAGAUUGAACUGAGAGGGAGCGAGAGCGAGAGCGAGGCUGUCGAUCAGGUGUGAAAAUGGGCCGGGCUGCCUCUUGCUGAUUGAGUUGUGUCGAACCUCGAGAGGGCGGAGGGAGGAGCGAGACCGCGAUAGAUAGAUAUCUAUCCGGUCGAGUCCAGUGCAGGCGAGGCGAGGCGAGGCGAGUGAGGACUCGUGCAGAAAAAAAGGAAUGGCAUCGUCCGCGUGUAGUUUGACAGCUGGGGUGCGGUUGGGAGAGCAAUCCGGUGCAGCGAUAUCGAAGUUUUCAUCGACGACGGCGAGGAGCUCAGUGAAUAAUGUUGAUCUGUUUGUCAAACGCGCCGGUGCUGGUGCAUCCCUGGGACUGAUCCCGUCCGCCGCAAUUGCCACGCAAUCUUCGACGCAAGACGCAUCGUCUUCCUUGCGCUCGGCCGCGGGCCUUGCCUGCUGCUCUCGAUUCUCGGGCCUGCGCAAACUUCCCGCCAGGAAGUCGAAGAAGAUCCAACAAUGGCUUCAAUACACCGAAGGGCCAGCCCGCGAGGCUCAGCUCAGAGUAGUGCAGAUGGCUCUGUCCACCGUCCCCGAAGGUCAGCAGGGCCUCUACGAUCCUUCCAUGGACAAGGACUCGUGCGGUGUGGGGUUCGUCGCCGAGCUCUCCGCCGAGCCAACACGCAGCACUGUCACAGACGCUCUGGAGAUGCUCGUGCGCAUGGCUCACAGAGGGGCAUGUGGGUGUGAAGAAAAUACCGGAGAUGGGGCAGGAAUUAUGGUCGCACUGCCUCACAAAUUUUUCUCCGCGAUCUCGGAGAAGGAGAUUGGAUGCAAAUUGCCAGCCCCCGGGGAAUACGCGGUGGGCAUGUUCUACUUGCCUAAAGACAAGGCUCGACGAGUGGAGAGCAAGGCCGAGUUCAAGCGGGUGGCGGAAUCAUUGGGGCAUACUCUGCUGGGCUGGCGCAAAGUGAGGACCAAUAAUUCUGGCCUCGGGCAAUCAGCUCUGGCCACAGAGCCCGUCGUCGAGCAGGUGUUCCUGUCCGCGUCUUCCAAGUCCAAAACAAGCCUCGAUGAGCAGAUGUAUCUGCUUCGGAAGCUGGCCAUGAUCGCAAUCAGAGUCGCCCUCAACAUGCCUCACGGCGCAGGCAAAGAUUUCUACAUCUGCUCGCUUUCACCGCAAACUAUUGUGUACAAGGGACAGCUGACCCCCGAGCAAGUGCUGGAUUAUUAUCGUGCGGAUCUCGGUGACGAGCGUUUCACUAGCUACAUGGCUCUGGUCCAUUCUCGAUUCUCCACAAACACGUUUCCGAGCUGGGACAGAGCACAGCCCAUGCGUGUGCUUGGACACAACGGUGAAAUCAACACCUUACGAGGAAAUGUGAACUGGAUGCAUGCGCGCGAAGGAUUACUUAAAUGCAAAAACCUUGGCCUCUCGGAGGCCGAGCUUGAGAAGCUUCUCCCGAUCGUCGAUGCAAGUUCUUCAGAUUCUGGUGCGUUUGAUGGAGUGCUGGAAUUCUUGUCUCGAAGUGGAAGGAGUCUUCCGGAGGCAAUCAUGAUGAUGAUUCCGGAGGCGUGGCAAAAUGAUUCCAACAUGGACCAAGAACGCCGAGCUCUCUACGAGUACUUCUCAGCCAUCAUGGAACCAUGGGACGGCCCUGCUCUGAUUGCCUUUACGGAUGGAAGGUAUUUGGGCGCAACUCUGGACCGAAACGGGUUGCGACCCGGGCGUUACUACAUAACUCACACCGGGCGCGUAAUCAUGGCAAGCGAGGUCGGAGUGGUGGACAUAAAACCCGAGGAAGUGAGCAAGAAAGGAAGAUUGAAUCCCGGCAUGAUGUUGCUGGUGGAUUUCGAAAAGCACGUGGUGGUGAAUGACGAUGAUUUGAAGAGGCAGGUAGCUUCCAGCCAACCAUUCGGAGAGUGGCUGCAGCGGCAGAAAAUCACCUUGAAGGACAUCGUCGACUCCGUGGACGCUGCAGAUCGAGUGCCCCCGUCUGUGGUCGGCAGUCUUCAGGUCGGCAGCUCCGACACGACCAUGGAGAAGAUGGGGAUCAAAGGGCUUCUGGCACCUCUGCGGGCAUUCGGGUACAGCGUAGAAGCGCUGGAGAUGCUUCUGAUCCCCAUGGCUAAGGAUGCGUCCGAGGCCUUGGGCUCGAUGGGCAACGACGCGCCGUUGGCCAUGAUGUCCGAGCGUCCUAAGCUGUUAUUCGAGUACUUCAAGCAGAUGUUCGCACAAGUCACCAACCCGCCCAUCGAUCCCAUCCGUGAAGCCGUGGUGACAUCGACCGAGUGCAUGGUCGGACCGGAGGGCGAUCUGACCGAGACCAUCGAGGAGCAAUGCCACCGCCUAUCGCUCAAGAGCCCUCUGCUCACUUUGGAGGAGAUGGAGGCCAUCAAGAACAUGGAUUACAGGGGCUGGCGCAGCAAAGUCAUCGACAUCACCUUCGGGAAAGAGGAAGGAGUGUUCGGCUUGGAGAAGGCCCUCGACCGGAUCUGCGCCGAAGCUCGACUGGCCAUCCUCGACGGCUAUAAAAUGCUGGUGCUCUCGGACAGAGCAACCUCGCCGUCUCGUGUGCCGGUGAACUCUUUGUUGGCCGUGGGGGCAGUGCAUCAUCAUCUGGUGUCAACCAUGGAGCGGACCCAAAUUGGAUUGGUCAUAGAAUCAGCCGAGCCGCGAGAGGUGCACCAUUUCUGCACUCUCGUCGGAUUUGGAGUGGACGCCAUCUGCCCGUACUUGGCCAUCGAGACGAUCAAGAGGUUGAACAUCGAUGGCAAAAUCCCAGCCAAGGCACAGGGCGCGCUGCACAGCUCGGACGAGCUCGUGUCGAAGUACUUCUAUGCCAGCAAUUCCGGCAUGCUCAAAGUGCUGGCGAAGAUGGGAAUCAGCACCCUCGCGUCGUACAAGGGGGCUCAGAUUUUCGAGGCCGUGGGCCUGGCCACCGAAGUGGUGGGCCGCUGCUUCAAGGGAACCCCGAGCCGGGUCGAGGGAGCCACGUUCGAGAUUCUGGCUCGUGACACUUUGAAGCUGCACGACCUUGCUUUCCCCGUGCGCAUGCUGCCUCCGGGAAGCGCAGACGCCAAUGCCGUGCCCAAUUCGGGAGACUACCACUGGCGCAAGGGCGGGGAGGUGCAUCUGAACGACCCGGUGGCCAUCGCCAUGCUGCAGGAGGCGGCUCGGACCAACAGCCCCGCCGCGUACAAGGAGUAUUCCAAGACCAUCCACGAGCUGAACAAGAAGAUCAAUCUCAGGGGCAUGCUCCGGUUCAAGGUUGAUGCUAGCAAGAGCAUUCCUCUCGAAGAGGUCGAGCCCGCGAGCGAAAUCGUCAAGCGGUUCUGCACCGGCGCCAUGAGCUACGGGUCCAUCUCUCUCGAGGCCCACACCACGCUCGCCGUCGCCAUGAACAAGAUCGGAGGAAAGUCCAACACCGGUGAGGGUGGCGAAGCCCCAGAGCGCCUGGAGCCGUUGGCGGACGGGACGCAGAACCCGCAGCGCAGCUCCAUCAAGCAGGUCGCGAGUGGGCGCUUCGGCGUCACGAGUUACUAUCUGACCAACGCCGACGAGCUGCAGAUCAAGAUGGCCCAGGGGGCAAAGCCGGGCGAAGGUGGCGAGCUACCGGGACACAAGGUCAUCGGCAACAUCGCGACGACGCGAAACUCCACUCCCGGCGUCGGGCUCAUCAGUCCUCCUCCGCAUCACGACAUCUACAGCAUUGAGGACCUGGCGCAGCUCAUCUUCGACCUCAAGAAUUCGAAUCCCGAAGCGCGGAUCAGCGUGAAGCUGGUGUCGGAGGCGGGGGUGGGAGUGGUAGCGAGCGGAGUGGUGAAGGGGCACGCGGACCACGUGCUGAUCUCGGGGCACGACGGGGGCACGGGCGCGAGCAGGUGGACGGGAAUCAAGAACGCCGGGCUGCCAUGGGAGCUGGGGCUGGCGGAGACGCACCAGACGCUGGUGGCGAACGAUCUGCGCGGGCGCACGACGCUGCAGACGGACGGGCAGCUGAAGACCGGGCGCGACGUGGCCAUCGCGGCGCUGCUGGGCGCGGAGGAGUUCGGGUUCUCGACGGCGCCGCUGAUCACGCUGGGCUGCAUCAUGAUGCGCAAGUGCCACCUGAACACGUGCCCCGUGGGCAUCGCGACGCAGGACCCCGUGCUGCGGCGCAAGUUCGCCGGCGACCCCGAGUACGUGGUGAACUUCCUGUUCAUGGUGGCGGAGGAAUGUCGCGAGAUCAUGGCCUCGCUCGGCUACCGCCACAUGGACGACCUCGUCGGGCACGCCGAGCAUCUGGAGGUGGACCCGGACGUCAUGGACAACAACAGCAAGCUCGAGAACGUGGACCUGUCGCUGCUGCUGCGCCCGGCCGCCACCCUGCGCCCCGACGCCGCGCAGCGCUGCGUGCAGAAGCAGGACCACGGCCUCGCCGACGUGCUGGACCGCACGCUCAUCCGCCUGGCCCUGCCCGCCCUCUCCCGCCGCCUCCCCGUCUACAUCGACCUCCCCGUCUGCAACACGGAUCGUGCUGUCGGAACCAUGCUCAGUCACGAGCUCACCAAAAGGUAUCGGGCCGAGGGGCUUCCGGAAGGGACCAUUCAUGUGAAGCUCUCGGGCAGCGCAGGGCAGAGUUUGGGGGCAUUUUUGGCACCAGGGAUCACCUUGGAGUUGGAAGGGGACUCGAAUGAUUACGUGGGGAAGGGGCUGUCGGGCGGCAAGGUGGUGGUGUAUCCGCCACGGUCCAGCACUUUCGAUCCCAAGGAGAAUAUCAUCAUCGGCAACGUCGCGCUCUAUGGGGCCACGAGCGGCGAGGCGUUCUUCAAUGGAAUGGCGGCCGAAAGGUUCUGCGUGCGUAACUCUGGCGCCAAGGCCGUCGUGGAAGGAGUGGGAGACCAUGGCUGCGAAUACAUGACCGGAGGAACUGUGGUCGUGCUCGGGAAGACGGGCAAGAAUUUCGCCGCUGGUAUGAGCGGAGGGGUGGCCUACGUUCUCGAUGUGGACGGCAAAUUCCCAUCCCGGUGCAACACGGGCUUGGUGGAUCUCGACAGGAUCGGCAGCGACGACGUCGAAGAUGUGAUGACGCUGCAGACCAUGAUCCAGCAGCACCUGCGGCACACUGGCAGCAAGCUUGCCCGAGAAGUGCUGGCCGAUUUCGACUCUCUUCUGCCCAAGUUCGUCAAGGUCUUCCCUCGUGAUUACAAGCGCGUGUUGGCCGAGCUCAAGGCCAAGAAAGAUGCGGCCGAGCUCGAGGAGAAGAGUCUGGCGGGCAAGGAUGCCUUCGAGGAGCUGAAAAAAUUGUCGGCCACCAGCAAUGGCAGCGGCAAGGGCAAUGGCACUGCUAACGGGACCGUGGCCGCUGCGCCGACCAAGGGCUCGACCAACGGAGCAUCUGCUGCCUCUUUGACAAAGGAAGAGAAGCCGGUGGCUGUGACGAGACCGUCGAAGAUCGAGGAAGCUGUUAAACAUCGAGGAUUUGUGAAUUACGAGCGUGAGGCUCUUCCCUACAGGAAACCCGAGGAGCGUCUGACCGACUGGAAGGAAGUCACAGCCCAAGGCAGUCAAGAUGCACUCUUGAAAACACAAUCUGCUCGGUGCAUGGAUUGUGGAACUCCAUUCUGUCAACAGGAGAAGAGCGGUUGUCCUCUCGGAAACAAAAUCCCGGAGUGGAAUGAACUUGUUCACCAAGGCCGAUGGCGUGAGGCUUUGGACCGCCUGUUGGAGACGAACAAUUUCCCCGAGUUCACGGGCCGUGUCUGCCCUGCUCCAUGUGAGGGAUCAUGCGUGCUCGGCAUUAUCGAGAAACCUGUGACCAUAAAGACGAUGGAGUGUACCAUCAUUGACAAGGCUUUCGAGGAAGGAUGGAUGGUACCGCGACCACCGAUGAAGCGCACUGGUAAAAGGGUGGCCAUCGUGGGAAGUGGACCAGCAGGUAUGGCAGCUGCAGAUCAGUUAAAUAAAGCUGGACACUGGGUCACAGUAUACGAGCGAGCGGACCGCGUGGGUGGACUCAUGAUGUACGGGGUUCCCAACAUGAAGACAGACAAGGAAGGCGUCGUGCAAAGGCGUGUGGACUUGAUGGCUGCCGAGGGUGUCGAGUUUGUUGUCAACGCUCACGUGGGCAGCGACUCUCGCUAUUCCGUGGACAGCUUGCGUGCGGCCAAUGAUGCCAUAAUCCUGGCUUGUGGUGCCACGAAGCCAAGGGAUUUGGUAGUUCCUGGGCGUGAGUUCGCAGGUGUUCACUUCGCCAUGGACUUCUUACAUGCCAACACGAAGAGUCUGUUAGACAGCGGACUGCAAGACGGGAAGUACAUCUCAGCCAAGGACAAGCGUGUUGUUGUCAUCGGAGGAGGUGAUACCGGAACGGAUUGUAUCGGAACGUCACUGAGGCAUGGUUGCAAGCAGCUCAUCAACUUAGAGCUGCUUCCACAGCCGCCUUACACUCGUGCUCAAGGGAACCCUUGGCCUGAGUGGCCCCGGAUCUUCCGCAUUGAUUAUGGCCAUGAGGAAGCGAAAACGAGGUUUGGAAAGGAUCCGAGGACGUACGAAGUUUUGACCAAGCGGUUCAUUGGAAACGACGCGGGAGAGGUCACUGGGCUAGAGUUGGUGCACGUAAAGUGGGAGAAGGAUGCCUCGGGAAGGUUCCAAAUGCAGGAGAUUCCUGGGUCUGAAGAAGUGAUCGAGGCCGACCUCGUCUUGCUCGCCAUGGGAUUUUUGGGUCCUGAGCAGAACAUCGCGGAGAAGCUGGGUCUAGAGUGCGAUGCGCGCUCCAACUUCAAAGCCGACUUCGGUCGCUUUGCCACCAACUUGCAAGGCGUGUUCGCCGCCGGGGAUUGCAGAAGGGGUCAGUCUCUGGUGGUAUGGGCCAUCGCCGAGGGCAGGCAAGCGGCAGCACAAGUGGACGAGUUCAUCAUGAAGGACUUCAACGAGGAGGACCUCGUGGUGGACGAUAGGUACAUGUCUCUGUCAGGCAUGGGAAAUGUGGCAGGUAAUGGAUUCUUGAGCGGCAACGGGAGCGGCAAUGGCAAUGGCAGUGGCAAUGGCUCGUCCUUAGGCAAGGACCGUCAGUUCCCCGAGGGUGUCGUGGACGCGGCCGAGGAAGCUCGGCAGGCCUGCGUGGCGGUGGCUGGCGACGCUGAAGACUACAACAGCAUGAGACAAUGCAUCGAGCUCAGCGUGGAAGCUGCGGCUCUGAGCGACAACACCAUCGUGACCGAGCAGAGCUUCUAGGGACCCGAGGACUUCGACUGGAAAGCCUGUUGAUGACUGACUGGGUGAGAGAGUAAGUGUUUAGUGAGUAGGCUCUUGACAUUGGAUCACUGGAAGAGUGGACCACAUCAGCUGAGUUAUUGUAUCAUACGUUUUCGAUCCUGAAGACGGGCAGACCGAGGCUGAAAGCCGAAGUUUGCCCUGCUUCCCAUUGUUAUAGCAGAUUAAUUGGGACAGUACAUAUCCCCUGAGAUGUAAUGCAGCCGCCGCUGCGUGUAUACCUCUUGGACUCGAGCCAAUCUUUAGCGAAUGUUCCAGAGCAUAUGAUGUGGACGUUCCUCCUUGAAGCACCAGAUAGGUAGUCUGUAUUUAUGCAUCAGUACAUUGCGGAGGUCGGUCGUUGAAGUGUCGGUUAAUCUCAGCGACAGUGGGGUGAUGAUGUCUUUUAGCGAUCACCUUCCAUUCAAACCCAUCCCGCACAAGAAGAGGAUUCGGUCGAGACCGAAUCCUGCCCAGCUCUAUCUUCAAAUUUUUGUUUCCAUCACCUGUACAAUUAUAAUAUGUAUCACAUUUUUCUGGGCAGGGUAUUUGCCCGCCCACAUCUAAGCCAUUAAUACAGUAAGCCCCCGUUUGUGCAUG